CCUGAUUUUUUUUUUUUCGAGGAAGAAGCAGAAGGCGCCAUGUAAGUGCGCAUGCCUUGCAAAUUUUGUGGUUGCUGGGUUUUUUCUUUCCCCCCUCGCCAACGUUUUCUUCUGCUGAGUGAGUUAAACUUUAUGGCCAGAUACAUGAGGCCUCCAAACACGUCUUUGUUUGUCAGAAACAUCGCCGAUGAGUCCAGGCCUGAGGAUUUGCGGCGUGAGUUUGGCCGCUAUGGGCCGGUAGUAGAUGUCUACAUCCCACUUGACUUCUAUACACGUCAACCAAGAGGAUUUGCGUACAUUCAGUUUGAGGACGUGCGUGAUGCAGAAGAUGCUCUUCACAGCCUGGACAGGAAGUGGGUUUGUGGCCGGCAGAUUGAAAUCCAGUUUGCCCAGGGCGACAGAAAGACACCAAAUCAGAUGAAAGCGAAGGAAAGGCAUUCUCCUAGCAGGUCCUCUCGAUACGACGACUAUGAUCGAGACGGCCGGCGCAGACGUUCGCGCAGCCGCAGCUACGACAGAUACAGAUCCCGCAGCCCUUCUUAUGAUCGCCGGCGCAGACGAUCUGAGAGUCCUCGAGAGUCUCGUGGACGCAUGUAUGGGAGAGGAAGGAGCAGGAGCCAUGAGGAUGACAGAUACAGACAGAGGCCUCGGAGAGAGUCCAGAGCGAGAUCUCAGUCGCACUCCAGAUCUGCAUCUCCGCGAGAAAACGUCAACACAGCUUCGACUUCGCACUACACGGAGGAAGAAGUACGACGGACGCACUCCCCCUCCCACUCCAGAUCCCGGUCUGUAUCGAGAGAGAGAUCACGCUCUCGUUCACGUUCUCGGUCCCGGUCCUGGGCCGGCCGCAAGUCAGGUGGACGCUAGAAAGUAUCUGCUCUGAUGGACCAGAGUUGGUCAUUUGUCAGGAGAAGAUUUGUUUGUUUUGACAUGAAUGUAACAUCCACUGAACCAUUUGUAGGAAGCUUGUUUUUGCAGCUCCAUUUUAGGAACAAUUCUGGUCCUUUGCUUGUUUUUUAUAAAAUUGUUUUGGUAAUAUUUCCUGAUAGGAACAUGAGACAGUCAGCAGUAUAUUUGUUCAGUGGUAGGCAGCCAGGAAUAAUCUAUUGUGUUUUUUUAUAUACAGUUACUGAUAAUUUUGUUUUUAUAAACCCUAUGCAUCCAUUUCUUGCAAAAAAAAAAAAGAACAUUCAGUAUUUUAAAAGUUAUCCAGUCUGUUGAUGAAUCAGCCCAGCAUUUCUGUGUGUUUAAUCACAUUAUAACAAAUCACAUGCUUUUUUACGUCACUGCUGACCAUUUUCCACUGCUGAAGUUUAGAUUUUUCUUGUUUUUCAACUCUUUCAAGGCAGCCAGAUGUGUCUGUUUAUUUCUCAAUAAGAAUCAACUUAAACUUGCUUGAGAUAAAUAAUACAUCACGAUGAACAUUGUUGAGAUAAUGAUCAACUUUUAUUGUCAGAUACAGAAUCACUGCAUGGUAUUUCAGCUGUAAGUGCAGACUGAAUUGAAAAGCAAACUGAGUUAUCCUGCAGCAGUAACAUGACUAAGAAAGAUGACUGUUGACUGUGAUGAAUUAAGCUUUGAGUCACUUCAAGUUGAUGAUUUUUGUAUAAUGAAAUGAAAACCCCUGGUUGCCUGGGAGAAAAAAACAUAAAUGUAAAGAAUAUGGUCUGUGUUGGCAGGUCUGUCAAGUAAAUGAGUUGGGGGGCUUAAAUACAUGGAAUUGUUGCUAUGCUCCUUUUUUAAGUGUUAAAAUUUUGUCAACCAGUGACUUUAACCACAAGCUGUUUGAGACGUAAAUGAAUUUGAUUUCAUUUUAUGGUGUUUUCUGUAAGAGUAGACCUUUUUCAAAAGCUAUUUCAUAUUUGGACAUUUCUCCAAAAAUCGGUUCUGAGCAGAGGAACAGAAGUUUCUCAUUGGUGUUUACAUGACUGUGUUGAUAGUUUUUCUGAAUGAUUCUUGUGACUGCAUGUUUUAUCCUCCUAAUCUUCUAUCAUUAGCAGGAAGAAACUGCUAUUUUAAAUAAUAAAUGGUUAACAUUCA